UCAUCGCUAAAUUUCGGCACUAUAUUUCGAAAGAGGUCCAUUGUGAACCCAUCUUGUACCCCUAAUGCGCGGGCCAUGGACGCCUGUCGAAAAAUGUAUUACAGGAAAUGUGCUGCAUUAUCGAACAGCAGUACUUCUGUGGCGUGCAAAUGAAAGCAGGAAGAAACGAUCUCUAACGUUAUACGAAUAAUGCGCAUCACAUCAAUAUUUGAAAUGGAUAAGAGCCGCCAAAACCAUGUUGGAAUAAUGCAGUGAGACAGAAAAUAUCAAAUGAUAAUUAAGCUUAGUGGUGGGGAUUAUUUUCCAGGCUCCUCCAAGAAAUAUUACAAGACAUCUUAGACCACAACGCCGUGAAUUGCAGUUAUGAAUUUCUCUCCAUUUGGAGGACACUUCCCAGCGUCCAUACCCACCAUUCACCAGUUUGCUGCAAAAUUCACACAUGAUGGGACUGGAGGAGGCUUGCCACCACAGAGUGUUGGUGAUGGAGGAGGGGCAGGAGCCCGUUAUCACACUAGUCCUGGACCAGCUCAUUUUAACCAGCAUCAUCCCCCUAUUGGGAUGCCAGUGAAUAUGGGCAAGUAUAACAGAGGAGAUGGUGGGAACAAUCCUCCAGGUGGUGGAGGCCAGCCUCAGGUUAAUAUGAUGAAUCCAAAUUCUUCCAAAUACCAUCCAGGAACCAACUUGACAGGAACACAUCACUAUAGUGGGAAUGUUGGCAUUCCAUAUAGCCAAGCAGGAGCAGUUCAACAGCAGCAACAGCAAAGCCGACCUACCUCAUCACCAUCCAUACAGGACGGCCAGCAGCAAGGCAACAAGCGUGGAGCAUAUCAUGUCGGCGAAAUACAACCACAGGACUUAUGUGCAGCCAUGAUGCGGGAGAAUGCUGCUGUCGCUGCUGCAGCAGCAGCAGCAGCUGCUGAGAAAGAAAAAGACAUGAAACGAGAGGAAGCUGGUGGUGAAAAGGAUGAUGUAGGAAGACCUGGAUCCAAUGAAGCUGAGUACAGUGGCUCCAUGGCACUUCAUCACCAUCACCACCACCAACACCAUCAUGCUACCCAGACCACAGCUACCAUGCCUUCCACCUGGCAUAGUCUGGCUACACCAGGAUCUACUGUAGCUGACUACCUGUCCCAGCUGCCAGCCUCCACUCUUCCUAUUAGCCUCCACCACUUUCUCAAGUACUCAGCUGAGAACAUAAAGAAGGAGUCUGAUAUGGCAGCCAAUGCUGGAGGUGUUUCUGCCAUUGGGGUUGCCAGCACAACAACACCUGGUGUUGUGGGGGGUGCUCCUGGAGUGCCUGGUGGUGCUAAGAAGAAGAAAAAGAAGAAGGCAAGUAAAGAAAAGAAGCCCCGGCCAAAACCAGGUGAGAUUCGCCUCACAACUGCUUUAGAUGGCUCAACAUUAUAUUGUUGUCCUGAAUGUCACAUGGCAUACCCAGAAAAAGAAUUGUUAGAACAGCAUCUGUUAGGACACACUUUGGAACGCCGCUUUGUAUGUGACAUAUGUGGAGCAGGUCUCAAACGAAAGGAUCACUUAACACGCCAUAAGCAGAGCCACAACCCAGAACGACCUUAUGUCUGCACAGUUUGCCUCAAGGCAUUUAAACGAAAGGAACAGCUGACCCUGCAUUUUGUGAUUCACUCUGGAGAGAAACGUCAUGUGUGCACAGAGUGUGGGAAGGGAUUCUAUCGCAAGGACCACCUGCGUAAGCAUACACGCAGUCACAUUGCUCGUAGAGUCAAGGCAGAGCUGAGUCAACAUGCCCCACAACCCCAACAUCCCCCUACUCCACAACAUCAAGUGGCAACCGUCUCUGCUGAGCAACCACCACCUCCACCAUUGCUCUCCUGAAUGGCGGCCAAUGGGAACUAUGCCAACGUUCCCAGCCUCUUUAACUCGGAUCUUCUGGCGUUCGUAUCUGCAGCCAAGGAUGCGUUCUAAAUAGUUGCACUGAGCCACAUUGUAGCUAGCUGUAGUAAGAGACUUGAACAUUCAAAGAUGAUGCAUGGUUAGGUAUUGUAAUAUAAAAAUAAUCAAAGACAAGAAAGUCAUAUAGCUUUCUGUUAGUGUCUUGUGGAUUUGGACAGAUGAGAGCUAUUCUCAUAAUAGUUCAAGUUUUUGAAGAUGAACUACGAUAGAGAUGUAUAAGAUUGGAUUUGGGUUGUGUUGAUUGCUGAGGUCCUUCUAGCAUUUUGGCAAAUGUUGCAUUUACUGUCUUCAGGGUUAAUGUCUUAUAUAGGAAAAAACAGGAAUGUUUCAAUGGGCUGGAUUCUGGAGUCUUAAAUGAAGAUUAAAGAUGACCCCUGAUUUUAGUUAGUCUAUAUCUCUUCCAUGUUAAUGAAAUCUGGGUGCUUGAUUAAUUUAUUGGCUUUGUUGAUGGUACUGGGAUGAUGUUUGCUAUGACAUGUUUUGUCAAACUAAGUACUAAGUUUAGUCUGUAUGAUGUCCCAUCUUGGGUUGGUAAAGGACCAACAACUCUCAACACAUGCAAUAGAAUAGGAGGUCUCCACAAUGAUUUUUGAACACAUUAGGGACACUGGACUGUGCACCAACAAUUGGCAAUAGUAACAUUUUUGUAGCAACUAAAUAGAGUAUUCUGUUUGAUACAACAGAAGUCAAAGCAUUUAUCCACAAAUAAAAUCCCUACAUCAUCAGAGAAGCCACUGAAAUAAAUACCAGACCAUUAAUUGAGUAGAUAGAUACAGGUUGAGCGAGAUCUGGGUUCAUCUGUUUUGUUCUCUCUUCAUUCCAAACUGCAGGAUCCAAGGUACCACAUUAACUAGUCACUUUCUCCUUUCCCAUAUAGCCGGAGGUCUGUAUAUAAGUGUUUCAUGCACAGAACAACAAAACCAAGGUAAUAUUGAAUUCUUGCAAGCAAAUGCCAAGAUAGUACCUUAAAAUAGGCCACAAUAGCUUCCUUCCACAUUCAACACUAUAUAGUCUGAGCUACUGAAAAAGCAUUGUUAAGAAAUCCAUGAAAUGUUUUAUUUGGUACUUCCUUCUCAGGAUAUGCAUAGCUAAAUUCUCAUGAAUAUUCCAUGUUUGAAUUUUCAUAGCUUUUGUGUAACUAUCAUGAGCAGUGGCCUAGGAAAAAGGGUGACUUUUACUCAAGUAUCAUGGGGAGGUUGAAAGAGUCUAUUACAUGAGGGAGGACCAGCAUAUGGUUUCAUUUUUAUACUUUUAGGCUGCAAUUGUUAUGUUUUUAAUGCAACAUCAGGUUCUCCUUUCCAUUAUUUUUCCCUGAAGAUGGCAGGUGCAUUGUUUUCCAAAAUGUUUAAGGGUUUAAACAAUGAGUGCAUUUAAAUUCUGAAAGUCAGUCUCAUGCAUUAGGCACUGAUUGCAGAAACUUAAGGACAAGGUAUAUGGUGAUGUUUGUCAACAGAAUGUUGGACAAGCAUACCUGAUCAUCUUGGAUUACAUGAGCAAGCAUGAGACUAGUUGGCCAGUGGCCACUCUUUAAUGAAGUGUGUUUUUCCAUUGAAGAAGAGAAGGACUUUAAUAAAUUUAUAGUGUAUUAUGGUAAUAUAAACAAUUUUAAAUGAAUAAUAAGGGGAUGAUAAAGUUACCCUAGAAGUCUUUACAGGACACUCCAUCAUAAUAUUGAAGUGAUUUCAUUUUGGAAUGUCGGUUGUGAAAGUUUACCUAAUUAGUUUUGUAAGUUAUUUUUUAAGUUACAUUGUGCCAUUUUUAUAGUACAGUAGGCCUACUAUGGUUAUAUUUUUUGUCAUUGAACAGAAGUUGUAAAUGCGGAUAGUGUUUUUUAAGCCAAGAUAAUGUAUUCAGGUUACCUCAUGUCUCAUCUAUACAGAGAAGAGGAUAAAAAUACUCAUGGAACAUUUUUUAGACCUUUAAAGAGAAUAUGUAACUUAUUUUUUUUCUGGAGGGCAAAUGCAUGUUCAUGUAGCAUUGCUUUUAUUGGUGCAUUAUAUUGAAUAUGUGCAUAAUUUUUCCUUUCCAGGUUAAAAGUAUUAUUUUUUAGUAAAUGUUAGAAAGAAGCCACCAUUUAUAGAGCUCAAGAUCUCUUUUUAAGCUAUUUAAUGAAUGAUGUAUGCAUCACACAUUGGACUGGAGAGAAAGUGGACAUUUGGAUGGUUGAUUUUUAUAGAGGCAGUAUAUGUGAAUCAUGUUGAAACUAAAACUGAAAAUGUCAGCCAAAAUGAAAAUGUACAAUCCUGCCAUCAUGGUGCCAAUGUAUGUCCUUGCCCUAAAUGUCAUCAACUUUGUCCGAAGGGAAAGGAAAUGGUCCCCUGCAUGCAAUGCAACACAAUACAGUGUAUAUCUGCUUUAUACCAAAACUAAUGAGUCUCUCUUAUUUACUCAGCAUUGCUGAAUGAAAAGCAGAUUGCAGAUUAUAAGAGGGUUGAGUCUCAGAAUGUAGUCUUACCAAUGAUAAUAUAUACAGUGAAAAGAAAGAAAAAUCCUCGAGAUAGUACAAAACACUCCGACUGACAUAUUGUAAAUGUUAUUAUGCUUUUCUCUCUUGUCUACAGAGUGCUUACCUUCCUGUGUGAAUGUCAAUGGUAUGUCUCAGCUUGUGAGAAUUUGAAAAAAAAAUUGUUGUUUAUAGGCUGCAAUCAUUAUGGACUACACACCCCAGUGUUGCUUAUGUAUUAAUAAUUAAAGUCUGUAUUGGAAACAGUUGAAUGUCUUCUUGCCUUA